CAGACCCAAUAAAUGGGGAGGCAUUGUGCUGGCGCACUAUUUAAAUGUGCCACUUGUUUUCAAUGUUAGAUGGACUAUAGGUGGUGAGGGUCAUUUUGUUAUUGCUCCAUCUCUGCUAUCUUAUGUUCCAUUUCCUGUUGCAGAGUUAACAGACAAGAUGAGUUUUUUUGAGCGUGUCCUUAACUUCCUUGUUUAUAUCAUCAGGCAGUAUCUGUACAGACAGGUAAUUAGACCUCAUUAUUCUGCUUUAGUUAGUCGUUACUUUGGUCCUGAGGUCGACUACCUCUCAUUGUUUCAAGCUGCUGAUUUAUGGCUCAUGAGAGUUGACUUUGUGUUUGAGUUCCCUCGUCCCACCAUGCCUAACAUUAUCUAUAUUGGAGGGUUCCAAUGUAAACCUGCCAAGCCUCUUCCAAAAUUGGAGGAGUUUGUUCAGAGUUCUGGGGUGCAUGGAGUCAUUAUCAUGUCUUUGGGAACUUUUAUUGGGCAGCUUCCACAUGAUAUAGCUGAUGAGAUAGCUGUUGCUUUUGCCCAACUGCCUCAGAAGGUAAUCUGGAGGUACAAAGGAGACAGGCCAGCUACUCUGGGUAACAACACCUUACUAGUUGACUGGAUGCCUCAGAAUGAUCUUUUAGGACACCCUAAGACAAGGCUGUUUGUAGCUCAUGGAGGAACAAAUGGGAUUUUCGAGGCUAUCUACCACAGUGUUCCAAUAGUAGGCCUUCCUCUGGUGUUCGACCAAACUGACAAUCUUUCUAGAAUGAAAGCGAAGGGUGUAGCAAAGGUUGUGGAUUUAGCAACACUAGAUAGAAACAUAUUCUCCCAGGCCUUACAGGAAGUUCUGGAUGAGCCAUCCUACAGGACGAACAUGCAGAGACUCUCCAGGCUACACAGGGACGUGCCAAUGGAGCCCCUGGACACUGCCCUCUUCUGGAUUGAGUUUGUCAUGAGACACAAAGGUGCUGCUCACCUGCGUACAGAGUCCUACAGAAUGCCCUGGUACUCGUACCACUCUGUAGAUGUAAUGGUCUUUUUACUGACUGUUGUGUUAUUUACUCUGCUGGCUUUCAUUGGCAUUAUCAGAUGUUUCUGUUGCAGGUCAUGUUUGAAAAUGAAAAUGAAAGAGGAAUGAUUAUGGCUUUCAUCUGUACACAGUGUGUUACAACAAUAUGUUUUUACUUCUCUCACUCAUUAUACUUUUUGUUCACAUGACAAAUAUAUGUGGCAUUGAUGUAGACAUACAGAAUUGUUGACAGAUGUUUUAUCUAUUUGCUUUUGAAGAUUUUGCUAAACUUACAACUGUACUUUAACUGUUCAGCCCAUUUAAUCAAAGGUUUGAAUAGGAAAGUCCAAAUGUGCACUUUAAAUAUGAAUGCUGUUAUAGUUGUGUGUGGCUGCUUUCUUUGUGUGUAAUAGUUAAACUGAUGUAAAUAUUGAUUCUCCAGAAGACCGUUAAGGAGCUCUGUUUUUUAAUAAAGAUAUCAUGCGGCUUA